CGAAGCUAGAACUCCGGAGCGGAGGAAAGACCGCAACGCCGUCAUGGCACCCCACGAUCACAGAGGCACAAAGGAUGGACAAGCCACCUGGACUCAGGAGGGGAUGCCCAAGGGCAUCACAGCAGGUCGUGUCUGAGCCGUGCGAUGGCAGAAAAGACGCGCCCCCAGUGCUUCUUCGACGUGGAAAUUAACAGGGAACCCAUUGGACGAAUUGUAUUUCAGCUGUUUUCGGAUGUCUGCCCAACAACCUGCACAAAUUUCCUGUGCUUAUGUACGGGUGAAAAAGGAAUUGGAAAAGUAACAGGGAAAAAGCUGUGGUAUAAGGGUUCCACCUUCCAUCGAGUGGUGAAAAACUUUAUGAUCCAAGGUGGCGACUUCAGUGAAGGUAACGGAAAAGGCGGCGAGUCAGUUUUUGGCGGUUAUUUUAAAGAUGAAAACUUUAUUCUCAAACAUGACCGUGCGUUUCUUUUGUCUAUGGCAAACCGAGGGAAGCAUACCAACGGGUCACAGUUCUUCAUAACAACCAAGCCAGCGCCACACCUCGAUGGUGUUCACGUGGUGUUUGGCCUCGUCAUUUCUGGUUUCGAAGUGAUCGAACAGAUCGAGAGCCUGAAGUCGGACGCCGCCAGCCGACCCUAUGCCGACGUCAGAGUCAUAGACUGUGGAAUCCUGGGAGCGAAAUCCACCAAAGAUGAGAAACCUAAGGCAGCGGCCUCUGAGUCUGAGGAAUCGGAUUGUAGUUCCAAGUCGUCCUCUCCGUCUUCAUCAUCAGAGUCGUCAUCCUCAGAGAGUGAGGAGGAACUGGAAAAAAGCAAGAAGCGAAAGCGGAAAAGGAAAACCAAAGCGAAGCAUGCCAAGAGAAGGCGCAAGGACGGCCGGCGGGAGGUCAAGGCGGAGAAGGCGCAGAGUCACCACAGCGCCCAUUUGGAAAAGAACAGCACAGCGGAAGAUAAAGACUCCGGCACAAAGAGGGAUAAACCUGUGGUGCGGCCGGAGGAAAUCCCUCCAAUCCCUGAGAACCGCUUUCUGCUUAGAAAGGACGCUCCGAUGAGCAUCCCGGAGCAGAAACCUCCUCCUGCGACCGCCGAAACCACCGAGCAGGCCAAAGGCUCCAUUACAAAAUCCGGUCGCAAGAUCCGAGGCCGAGGCACAAUACGAUAUCACACACCUCCGCGGUCCAGAUCUCAGUCAGAGUCCAGUGGCGACAGGGAAAGCAGCGAAACCCCUCCGCAUUGGAAGGAAGAGAUGCAAAGAUUGAAGUCCUACAAACCCCCUACUGGAGAAAAAUGGAGCAAAGGAGACAAACUGAAUGAACGUCUGCCCAGUCGUUGGGAUGAAGGAAGCUUGUCUCCAAGAUCGAGAUCGAAUUCCUGGUCACAUGACGGUUAUCAUUCAGACUCGAGCAAGGAACGCGCUUCAUCCUCAAAAACACGGAAGAAAGAUAAAAAGGUGAAGCAUAAAAAGAAAUCCAAGAAGGUAAAGAAUUCAAAAAAGCACAAGAAGAAGGAAGAAUUGUCAGGAUCUCAUCGAGAAGAAUCUUCAAGCAGGAGGAAAAAAUAUUCCCAGGAACAAACACAAAGAUCUUCGUCAAGGUCCUCUAGAGAUUCUUCUAAAAAGAGCUGGUCUCAAUUAGGUAAAGAGCAGAAAUCCUCACGUCAUUCCAGCAAUACCCGAUCUAGAUCGAGAUCCUAUUCAAGGGGAAGCGCAAGAUCUAGAACUGCUUCCAGGUCUAUUUCUAGAAGCCGCACAAGAAGUAGAUCCCAUACGGAAUCAAGAUCCAGAAACAGAAAUGCGUCCGGCUCCCACUCCAACUCGUACUCUCACUCUUCCAAACAGACAAAAGCUUCCUCAGCAUCUCCUCUAAAGAAGGAUUUGACUGCAAGCAAAUCUGGUGCAAGUGCUCAGACCGGAAAGUCUGUUGUAAAGUCAAACAGUAAGUCAACCGAUAAAUCUCUUACGGCCUUUGUGGCGAAUGAGAACGUUCAUGUGAUUUCACUUAGUGACAGUCCUCCUCCUUCUCGGUGGAAGCCUGGUCAAAAGCCUUGGAAGCCUUCAUAUGAACGAAUUCAAGAUCUGAAAGCCAGGACCUCUAAUGUCCUUCCAGUACAAAGCAAGUAUGGUUCGCGCAAGGUCAAAAGUAAUUCCCGCCGAAAGAGGCGCUCGAGUUCAGAGAGUGAACGCAGCGAUUAUUCUGCCAGAAGUUCAAGCUAUCGUCAUAAAUCGAAAGAUCGAUCCUCUUCUAGAUCUUUGAGUAGAUCUUACACUCGAUCUCGGAGUGGAAGCAGCUCGUCUUCUCAUGCUGAGAGAGCUGUGUCCUCAUCAUAUGAUAGUUCCUCAUCCAGUGCAUCCAAUGAUGAAGAGGAACGAAAAAGAAAGACCAAAUUGAAAAUAAAGGAUAAACACCACAAAGCGAAAGGUGAAACAGAGAAUUUAGUUUCUCCAAAAAGUAUGGGAAGCCCCUCAAAUUCCAACUCUUUGUCUGUCUCGGAAGGAGAGGAGUUCACCAAAAGACUGCUGAAGACCACCAAGGCAUUACUUGAGAAUCAUAACUCCAACAGCAGCAAAGAGGAAGUAGAUAAGUCUGUAGUAGAAGAGUCUAACACGGAUGGACAAAACUCCAAAAAUGAUAACGAUGGUACUCAAGAGGUUAUAUCGAACAUAGACAAAGUACCGGAAAGUGACUCGUUAAAGGAAACUGUGGGGAAGCUUCUGGAUGAUGACUCCAUUUGCAAUUCUCAGAUUACAAAUGCGACCGAAGAAGUGGCAUCUUCUGGGAAGGAGGAAGGCGAGGCUAGUUCAGAGUCAGACUCUGAGGAAGUAAAUCGCUCCAAAACACCGCCAUCCGAAGCGUCACAGCAGGCUUCCGAAAAACGUUCCAAAAGUCCACCCUCAAGCCUGGAACCAAAAAGCAAAUCAAAGAAACAUAAGCGGCGAUCCAGUAAGAAGAGCGUGAAAAAGAGCCGAUCGAAAAGCAAAACGAAGGACAAAUCCAAAAAAAGUAAAGAAAAGAAACAAAAAGCUCAAAAGAAGAAGCAGACUUUCCACUGGCAGCCGCCGAUGGAGUUCGGAGAGGAAGAGGAGGAGGAAGAGAUAACAGGUGGACAAUCUGCAGUGCAAGUGAAAGAAAACAACCUGAAAGACUUGCUUCUAGAUAAGCCACCCUCUGCAGAGAGCAGGACCGCAGCUGACGCGCCUCUGUUGAUCGACAAAAUUAGCGCCGAGCCAAAGAUCGCGUCUCUAAUAUCUGCUGUGAAGACAGAAGAGGUGGAGCCCUUGUCAAAAGUGACAAAAAGUCCACUUACACCUGCCAAUGCCGAGCCUACAUCUGACAGUAUAAAAGCUUUCACGUCUCAUCGAUCAUUGCCGCAAAUUAAACUGGGGACAAAUGCUACCGCUGGCACUCCAGCAGGCACCACCACUGGAAACUCUGAAAAAAUGUCCUCUCCAUCCGUAAGCGCCACUCCAGGAGAAAGCGUACAGGUCAAAGAAGAAAAACCACAGGAUGCUCAACCUGCAUCAAAUGACGCAACGUCAGUAGAAAAGGUGGAGGCUGCCACUUCUGAGACUGCAGUCGUCGAUAAUAAAUGGAAGCCGGUCCAAGGUCCUACCAUCCUGCAGACCGUGAAGCCGGCUCUUGCGCCAGUGGUUUCUGCCACUGAACCGGAGAAGAAGACCCAAGGCCUGAGAAUUGAGAUUAAAAGUAAAAACAAAGUGAAACCAGGAUCACUUUUCGAUGAAGUCCGGAAGACGGCGCGUCUUAAUCAGCGUCCCAGGAACCAGGAGAGUUCCAGCGAGGAAAGGUCUUCUAGCCAUGAGGAUAAAAGCCGAUCGAGUGGUAAGGCCAGGAGCAAAUCUCAAACACCUUCAAGUCACCGAUCAAGAACACGAUCUUCGAGCAGGUCCAGGAGUCGAUCUCCUCGCCACAGCUCUUCCUCCAGGUCGAGAAGUUACACCAGAAGUCGUAGCAGGAGACGAUACAAGGACUACAGAUCGCGGACGCGGAGCAGAUCAUAUGGCAGUUACCGAAGUUACAGCAGAACAAACAGCAGGAGCCGCUCUAGAAGUGUCUCUUACGAACGUCACCGUAGAAGAUCAAGGAGCCGGUCACACACAUACGACAGCUAUAACAGUCGGAGUCGCAGCAGGAGCCCCUACAGAUCACGCAGCUACAACCGCAGGUCCAGAAGUCGGAGGUCCUCAAACAGCGGCAGCGAUCGCAGUUACAGUUAUCGCCGGCGGCACAGUGGGAGGAGCUAAGACUUUUAUUUUUUUUCCUAUUACGGCAUCGGAGGACACCUACACCGGAAUGGCAUCUAUCUUUUUAUUAUUUUUUUUUAGCAUCCUUACUGUGAAAAUGGCGGCUGGAUCACUUAAAGCUGCGGGCAGUGUACAUGGCAGUAUUGGAGGGGGGUCGUGUAACAGUACUUACCGCGUUGGCAGCAAUAAUUUCGUCUACCGGUCGGUGUUAAGCACUUCGCCAGAAUGAGGCGCGGUGGGAUCUGUUACAUGAUGUCUCCGGCACAUCUGAUUGGCCAAGAAGGGCUUGGUAUAUUUAAUUUGCAGAUUAUACCAGUUUGUGGGGUGUGCUAUACAUUUAACCCUAUAAAUACGUCUCGGAUCCAUGAAGAAAUGGGUAGUGACGCACAGAUUUUCAUGCAGUAGGUAGAAACGGCAAAACUGCCCUAAAAAAUAAUUGACUUUCUUUUGCUUUUUUUUUUUCCCCACACCAUCAUGAGAACGUGGGGGUCCCAUGCCCCCCUUUUGUAUGGAGCAGCAGUAGAGCACGCGUAGUGUUGCUCCAUUCAGAGUCUAUGGGACUACGGAGUAGAGUUCUCAUGGAGUUUGGAGUGCUGCACCACUGCUCCAUUCGGUGUGUCCCCCUCCAUCUCAUAGUAAGUGGUCGGACCCCCAACAUUCAGACACCUCAGGUUGUUUAUCCAUUGUACACUGCAUUGAAUCCCCAGAGACAUUUAUAUACUCGUCAUAUAACCUUUUCAUAAUGCUCCCGCACUAUUAUAAACCGCACAGGGUUAGUGCCCCUUUAAUGCCGCCUCACUUACCACAUGUUACAAGUGCCAAAGCAUUGAGCAUUUUGCCUUUCAUUCCUUUCGGUUACUAUGUGUCCAUCCCUCUGUAUUCUCACCGCGUGUCAGUAGCGGCGGUUUUAUACGUCCACUUUGCAGCAUGCGAUGAACUUCAUGCGGUUUACGGUGUAUUACAGCCGCACAAUAAAUUACAUGAUCAGCGGGGACCCCCAGCUCCAUAAUGUGUCCCCAGUGUCAUGUGAAGUGUUGUCAGGAAAUCUCUUUGAACUUCCUUUAGUGUUAAACUGGUUAAGAGCGACGAUGGUUUUAAAUACCCGUGCGGAGGGGACCUUUACUGCUAUCGAGUUGGGCUCCAUAUGAAGGGAAAAAAAUAUAAACUGUACCUUUCUUGUAAAUACGUUUUCAUCUUUAUAUUAAUUUUAUGCGUUGGAAAAAUACUUGUAAUUAAAAUGGUAUUAAAGACGGA